AUGGAUGCCAUUUUUGCUCAGGGCCAAGGCAACGGCAACGGCAAUAACAACAACGGCAACGGUAAUGGCAAUAACAACAACGGUAACAACAAUGGCAAUAACAACAACGGCAAUGGUAAUGGUAAUGGCAACAACGGCAAUAACAAUGGCAACGGUAACAAUGGCAAUGGAAAUGGAAAUGGCAAUAGUAGCAAUGGAAAUGGCAAUAGUAGCAAUGGCAAUGGCAAUAGUAAUGGUAAUGGCAGCAGUGGUAGUGGCAACGGCAACGGCAACGGCAACAAUGGUAAUGGCAACGGCAACGGCAACAAUGGCAAUAAUAAUGGUAAUGGUAACAAUGGUAAUGGCAAUGGCAAUGGCAACAAUGGCAAUAAUAAUGGUAAUGGGAAUGGCAACAAGAAUAGUACUGCACCAGCAGAUUAUGAUGUGUUGACACCAACACCAAAAACAGGACAGGAACGAGCUUUUUGCAAAGCUAGAGGAGCCUGUUACGGCAAAACCCUUGUGUGUCCAUCUCAAUGUGCACAGAGGAAACCCAAGCAAAACAAGAAAAAGAAGGGGUGCUAUAUUGAUUGCAGUAGCAAGUGUGAAGCCACUUGCAAGCAUAGAAGAGCAAAUUGCAAUGGAUAUGGCUCCAUAUGCUAUGAUCCUCGAUUUAUUGGUGGGGAUGGUGUAAUGUUCUACUUCCAUGGAGCUAAGGGAGGAGAUUUUGCCAUUGUUUCAGAUGAAAACCUCCAAAUUAAUGCUCACUUCAUCGGAACCCGACCAGAAGGAAGGACUCGUGACUUUACAUGGGUCCAAGCCGUGGCCGUCAUGUUCGACACUCACACCCUUGUCAUUGCAGCAAAGAAAGUCUCACACUGGGAUAAAAAUUUUGAUGCUCUCACUGUAAGGUGGGAUGGUGAAGCAGUUAACAUCCCCAUUGAUGGAGAGGCUGAAUGGAGGACUAAUGGUGAAGAAAGAGAAGUCAUUGUGGAAAGAACCGAUGAUGCUAAUAAUAUAAGAGUUAGUGUUACUGGGUUGGUUCAAAUUGACAUUAGAGUGAGACCUAUUGGAGAAAAGGAAAACCGGGUUCACCACUACCACAUACCAGCCAAUGAUGCUUUUGCUCAUUUGGAGACACAGUUCAAGUUUUCCAACUUAUCAGAUUUUGUUGAAGGAGUGUUAGGCAAGACAUACAGGCCUGGCUAUGUUAGCCCUGUCAAGAUUGGUGUUCCCAUGCCAUUGAUGGGUGGGGAGGACAAAUAUCAUACUCCAUCUCUCUAUUCACCUCUUUGCAAAGUCUGCAGGUUUCAGAGGCAGCCUGGAUUUGGUGCUAUAAAAGAAGUUGCUCAGUUCUAA